AUGUCGGCUUCACUUGCACCUGAAUGCAAUGAAGUCAAGGAACGAUAUGAUUCGUGCUUCUUGAAAUGGUACAGCGAAAAAUACCUUCGAGGUAAAGGUACAACUGACGAGUGUGAAUCUUUAUUUAAAGAUUACCGGAAAUGCUUAACAGGUGCUUUGAAAGAGCGUGGCAUUGACAAAAUGCUGGAAGAAGCACGAGAGGAUCAUAAGGAACAUGAUGCCGUGAAUCUGCGACGGCCUUGUAUGCAUGGGAAAGGCGUUAGCAUGGUCUUGUAG